GGGGUGAGGGAAUACUUCCACAGUUUGGUGACGCACCUGUUCCUGGCACAGGCACUGCUGCCAACGGAUGCGUACGAGACUUUGUACCAAUCAGAAACUGCGCGCUAUGUGACACGCAUGAACGAGUUUGGAGAUGUAGAAACAUGGCUGUACCACAAGAAACCCAACACGAAGGAUGACGGUGUCUUCAACACAGAAACCAGCCGCAACAGCUCCCCGGUUGGCAUACACUCACCCAGUCUCACGGACGGGCAGCACACCCCUCCAUUCGGCGGCGAUGGUAAGAUCCCUCCAAUUGAACGAAGGUAUUUAUCUAUCUGUGCUUGGUCCUGUCCAGAUGUGUGA